ACUGAUCUGCUGGACGUUACUCUCAACACAGAGUAGCUCAAACCAUGCAACAUCUCACUCUUCCGCAACUUCUCGGACUUGGUAUAUUUGCCUCGUAUUUUGGACUUAUAUUGGCUCUACUGGUUGUUAUAUUUCGGAGCCUACCACCUCUUCACAACCCAAACGUAUCCAAAGGUCGCGUUUACUCUUUUAUAGCUCUUACACUUAUAUCAUUCGCACACACAUGGUUCUAUAUGUUUUCAUUCAUGCACUGGAGUUUCGUCGAUUACGAGAAAUCCCAUGUCGUACAUUAUGAACAGACCCAAAUGGAGCGCGUGGCCAACUGGCUCUCUGGAACAGCUCUAUUCGAGCAGGCGUGGAAGAUUGUAUGCUCUCAUCCGCAAAACUGGUGGUGGAGCGAACAACUAUGCCUGUUUACGGUCGGUGCAUGGACUGUUUUCCUGCUUAGCGAAGCACGUCAGCGCUCCAUAAAGCAUGUCUGGGCAUAUAUGCUUCUUGGACAGGUUGUCGCGAUAUCCGUCGCGUCGAACCUGUUUUACCUCGCGGCGCUCCUUUCUCCAUUACCAAGCUCCAAGCAUGGCGCGCCACAAUUGGUCCCGAUAGUGUUGUGGCUCAGCAUCGUCCUUUCCUUGGGGACGGUCUUCCUCAUUCCACAUUCUCUCGAGCACGACUACUUUCUUUCGAACCUUCUCGCCAUGCAUAUCCUCCUCGUCAUCCCACUGGCCGCACCACGCUCUCUUCUCUCCUCUAAAUUCAUGCAGAUUCGGCUGCGGACUUUAUUCGCCAUUCUUGCCGUGGCCACCCUCAUCCCACGCUCUCGGACGAUAUCCCUAAUGCUCGAAUCCAUACCCGUCGAGGCCGAACCCCGUUAUGAGGCUAUAGCAAGAGGUCUAUGGCAGACUCUACACUCUCAUCCGGCACAGUCCUCGAUCGGCUGGGAUGUCGUAUGGACGACGGUUUCUUUUUUAGCGUGGAUAUCAACUACGCCGUCCGCCACAGUAAUGUUGUUACCCCUUUCUUUGGGCAGUGUGGCAUUUUCUGUUGGCCUUAUGGCACCAGUUGCCCUCUGGGUAGCAAGCUCUUUGUAG